GGUUAUGCAUUUAUUCUGUGUUUUUGUUCUAUAAGUUCCAAAGGGGCAAACGUCACUAGAGUUUCAAGUUCCUCUCCUUCCUCCUUUAUACCUUUACCAAUUCCACUAGGGUUCUUCUAUAAGUUCUCUCUGUUUGUGAAUUCCUCACAAAUGUCUUAAUCAUAAUUCCAAGUUUAAAGGCAGACGACGACACACACUCAGAGAGAGAGAGAGAGAGAAAUGAUGAGUCGGCCGGCGGUGCACCCAGUGGACACUCCGCCGAUGACCGUCGCGGCACCGAGGGUGAGGAUGAAGGACUUACAAGGCACGCCUGGUACUCUUGGAAGCCUCUUUCUACGAUUGUGUCAGUUGGUGUUUGCUGUUAUCUCUGUCUGUGUCAUGGUUACCACCUCUGAUUUCCCCACCGUCACCGCAUUCAGCUACCUUGUAGCUGCUGUUGGAUUACAGAUUAUUUGGAGCCUUGUACUUGCUAUUGCCGAUGUAUAUGCAAUUUUGGUGAAAAGAAGUUUUAGAAAUGCAGCAGUUGUCAGUCUAUUUGCCAUUGGUGAUGGGAUCACUUCUACUCUGACAUUUGCUGCUGCCUGUGCAUCAGCUGGAAUUACAGUUCUUAUUAGCAAUGAUCUUGAGAAAUGCAAAGUUAACCACUGCACAAGAUUUAUGUCAGCUACAGCAAUGGCAUUUUUAAGCUGGUUUGCUGCAUCACCAUCCUUCUUCAUGAACUUUUGGUCUCUGGCUUCUCGCUAGCAGCAGUUGUGAUCGACUGCAAAAGGACAUUACUCUCCUGCUGUAGUGUUCUCUUUUUUCAGUUAGGCCACCUUAACUGUUCUUAUUUGUAAAAAUCAGUACAUUUCAGUUCGACAUACUUUUAUGAGGAGUAACCCUGGUUAUUGACCAAGUUGUAUAAGAACUAUUUCCAAAUUUUGGCUCGUCAUUGUUUUUCACGA